AUGUCGUCUUAUUUCUGCAUGAACUGGAUUCUUCUGAUCCUGUUUACAGGCCCCACGGUAUCGGGAUCACUUGUGAAAGGAAAGAUUGGUCAGGAUAUCACUGUGCCCUGCCGUUACAACGUUAGGGAGAAACAAGACAUCACAUCAAUGUGCUGGGGUCGGGGCAGCUGCCCUGUUUCAAAGUGUUAUCAGCCCAUUAUCUGGACAGACGGAUGGAGGGUGACAGAGCAGUACCACAGCAGGUAUAUGUUGAAAGGGAACCUGCUCGUGGGCGAUGUGUCCCUCACGAUCGUGAACGCCAGGGAAGCAGACAGUGGGAUAUACUGCUGCCGCGUGGAGAUCUCAGGAUGGUUCAAUGAUCAGAUGAGUAAUCACAAGGUUGUGAUAGAGAAAGCUAGGAUCUCUACUGCAAGUCCUCACACUUACACCUCUGAACAGACCUCAGCUCACGGGAGUGCCAGCGAAUCAUCCUUUACCAUCCCAAGAACGUGGCCAUCGGUUUCUGCUUCGGAAGCCCCUCGGACUACCUCUGGUCCCUGCUCAAGCACCUCCAACUGCUCGGAUGUAACCUCAGACUUGCAGGACGCGUCUGUAUCACUUCCCAGACAGCAAUAUUCAGAAAAUGGGCUAUACAUUGGGAUUGGUUUAUGUGCGGUACUUCUAGCCAUCUUUAUUUUGGCUCUGUUCCUCACUAGACAAUAUUUAUACAACACAAAGAAGAUGGGUGACUUUGCAAACUUCGUUGCAUAUUGGAGACCAGAACGUGCAGGGAACCAUCGCGCCCUGGAAGAUGAGAUCCAUGCAGAGGAAAACAUUUAUAUAAUACACUAA